UGCCACUGUUUCCUAUUCUACACACAGUGCCUUGCAGUCAGUAAUUUUUUCAUUAUUUAUUUUCUUCUAUAUGUUAACAUGAUGCAUCAUGGUUUAUUAUUGAAAUAUAGUGUUACAUAAUGAGCUUUAUUUAUGCAUUAUGGAUGAUAUGCUUGCCUAUUGCUCUGUGAAAAUAUUCCAAAGUGUUUAUAUUUUAUUUGUCUUUUAUGAAUGAAUACUUGGGUGGAGUCACAUGACCACACACGAUCAUGUGACUUCCUGUUAAGUGUUUUUUAAAAGUAGACUUCCUGCUGUUCAGUUCAUUUACAAAUGUUGCCCUGACGAAGACUUGGUGUCGAAACAUGUUGGUGGUGUCCAUGUAGCUAAUAAAGGACUUUUAAUUGAGUAAGUACAGAGUGCCUCGGACUUUUCUUGCUUCAGUUCAAGUCACAGUUACUGCUUCAGCAAGUUUUUUCUGUAUUUCUAUUCAUCCGCGGGCCUGGUCCUUGUAGAGCACCUGCUUUUUACCCAUUGUUCACACCUGUUUUGGAGCCAUAAGCAGCACUCAACAAUCCUCCCUUUUUUUGCAAAGUUCUACUUCACCCACCACUGGGCCGUGGUGUUUUUUGUUGAGUUGCUCCGUUCAAUUUACCCUGGACGUUAUUGGAUCACAAGAUGACACAGCCAUCUAAGAACACAUUAUUUUUUACCCAAGAGGAAGGACGCAAUAUUAUUGUACAAGACUCUUUAUUCUGCAUGGAAAACCCAGGCUCACCUGAACUACCUUCUUACAAUGAACUUAAAAGACUUCUUGAGAAAGAAAAGAAACUGGAGUUACAUGCAAUAACGCUAUCCGACUACUGGCGGCAGAACAUCAUACCUCGUGGGCUCCGGAUAAAUAAAUUUCCAUCCUUUGGACAAGAUAACCUUGAAUUUAAACAAAAAUGGGAGUCCGUACUAAAUAAAUGCUCUUUUGACCUGAUGCUAUUACUGAUUGAUGAGGCAAAAAAUCAAAGAGAAGAAAUCAAACAGAAGAUACCGGAAGUAAAACGGAAGUUGUCACUUGUCAACGUGACACAACAACAGAAGGAGGAAGCAGCUAUCACUGAAAGUAAAAUAAACGACGACAUACGUGAGCUGACAAAGACCAUCACAAGUACAAAAAUGAAUAAGUUUCAAAGAGACAAAAAAGAUUAUGAUGAAGGAGCCAUCUAUUCUUGGCAGCGCCGGCACACCCGGGGACCACCGAGACGCGGCCGUACAGUCUCAUUCAGCUUACCGGGCAGCACCACAAGUGAGGACGAGGACCGCUCUGACACAAGUCUGGCUGGUUCUUCUCAUUUUUUAGACAAAACCCGGACACCUCACAGUGGCGCAGGAAGAAAACACGGCGGGGCAGACGGGGGAGGAGGAAAACGACAGCUGAGACCUCGACAGCCCCAUCAAAAUUACCACCACCACCACAAACGGUGAAAGACGAGCUAUGGUGUGGCUUAAAAAAGAAGAAGACAUCGUGGUGAGAAGAGCGGAUAAAGGGGGAGCUACAGUAAUAUGGGGAUCGUCUCUACCAACAAACCAAGGGGACUGCCAUGGGGGCUUCAUACGCCCCCAACUAUGCGGGAUUAUUUUUGGGGCUAUGGGAAGAGAGGUAUGUGCACAGCACUGAAAACCCCUUCAAACAGCUCAUCAAAUACUAUGGUCGUUACAUUGAUGACCUUUUCUUCAUUUUUACUGGUACAACAGAACAACUUCAAGAAUUUCAUCAAUAUUUAAACAGCACUAAUCCUAACAUCAAACUCAGUUUGGAAUUCAGCAACAAAGAAAUAAACUUCUUGGACCUUCUAAUAUCACUGGAUGAACAAGGCUCAAUACACACAUCUCUGUUCAGAAAAAGUACAGAUCGAAAUACUGUUUUACAUGCUGAAUCCUUCCAUCCUAAGAGUCUCAUUGAAAACAUUCCAUUUGGGCAAUUUCAACGUCUCAAGCGCAUCUGCAACUCUCAAACGGACUUCAAUACCCAAGCUACGGAAAUGCAACAGCGGUUCGUUCAAAGGGGCUACAAAGCAAAGACACUGAGUGGGGCUCUAACACGAGCAAAAAUUUUGGACAGAAGAAAUCUUCUCAUAAGGAGACAGCGAGCUCCAUCACAAACAAAAAACAGAAUUUUCUGUACUUUACAGUACAGCAACAUGGCAUACAAAAUCAAAAACGCCAUUACAAAAAACUGGUCCAUACUGGCUUGUGACCCUUCACUGGGCCCCUUGUUCUCUGAGCCCCCCAGGUUUGCCUUUAAAAAAGCCCCCACCCUCAAGGACAAAAUCGUCAAAAACUAUUUGCCAGCAUCAAAACUUGAGACUUUUUUCAAAAAACCCAUUGGCACCUUCAGAUGUGGGGCAUGUGUCCAUUGCACACAGAUCAAUCGUUCUACACAUUUUAUGGACUCUACAUGCACCUACACUUUUAAAUGUCGUUCUUUUGCAAACUGUAAUACAACACAUGUGGUAUACCGACUGGACUGUGUUUGUGGGUGUUUUUACAUUGGUCGCACAAAAAGAAAACUGAAAGAGCGUUUUGCAGAACACAAAUAUGCUAUCCGUAAAGGAAACAUGGAAUAUCCGAUUGCAAAACAUUUCAAGAACAUGACCCACACAAACAUUAAUGAACUCACAAUCAUGGCAAUUGAAGUUAUUGAGAACACUCCCCGAGGGGGUGACAGGUUGAAAAGAUUAUUGCAGAGGGAAACCUUCUGGAUCCACUCUUUGAAAGCAACUGUGUUCCCUGGACUAAAUGAAGAAAUAGACUUUUCUCCGUUUCUGUAAAUAUAUUAAUGUGUUCUGAAUGAUUGUCUUUGAUGAUGAGGGUUUACUCACUGUUUCAUGCCACUGUUUCCUAUUCUACACACAGUGCCUUGCAGUCAGUAAUUUUUUCAUUAUUUAUUUUCUUCUAUAUGUUAACAUGAUGCAUCAUGGUUUAUUAUUGAAAUAUAGUGUUACAUAAUGAGCUUUAUUUAUGCAUUAUGGAUGAUAUGCUUGCCUAUUGCUCUGUGAAAAUAUUCCAAAGUGUUUAUAUUUUAUUUGUCUUUUAUGAAUGAAUACUUGGGUGGAGUCACAUGACCACACACGAUCAUGUGACUUCCUGUUAAGUGUUUUUUAAAAGUAGACUUCCUGCUGUUCAGUUCAUUUACAAAUGUUGCCCUGACGAAGACUUGGUGUCGAAACAUGUUGGUGGUGUCCAUGUAGCUAAUAAAGGACUUUUAAUUGAGUAAGUA